AUGUCCCUCUCGCCCACACCCACCAUCCUCCUCCCCAACCUCCCGCCCAAAACCCUCGUCGGCAUCGACCUGAUCACCUUCACCUCGACCCCAAACUUCCACGGCAUCCGCGACCUCCCCGCAGGCUGGCACUUCCUCUACACCGGCACGACCGAGAGCCUCUCCCUCCGCAGCGGCGGCUGGUUCCACAUCCGCGCCGACGACGGCCCCAGCCGCGCGCCCGACGUCCUCAUCUGGAAAUGGAACGCAGACACCGAGAUGCUCGCCCCGCUGCGCGCCGCAGGCGCCCACGAAGCCAUGCGCUGCAGGGCCAACCUCGGCGCCAUCUGGCAGGCCGGCGGGCUGUUCCGCUACCGCAGCCGCGUGCCGCCGGCGGGACACACGGCCAUGGUACGGACGGGGCAGACGGCAGAUGAUGAUGACAACGAGGCGGAGGGCCGGAACGACUGGCAGGCGUUGACGGAUAGAUUGUCGCCUGCGCUGCUGACGCGCGUGGUGGGGGCGCCGGACGUGGAUGUCGACGGGCGGCCGCGCUGGAUGGUCACGUCGGGCAGCUCGGCGGCGCGCGACAACGACGCCAUCCCUGGGUUGCCGGAUGUGCGGGCGUCGGAGGAGAUGGCGCGCGUGACGGGCGCGCCGGAGAGCGAGUUCUCGUUUCUGGCGGUGGAUUUGAAGCGCACGUGGCGCGAGGGGGGCGAUCGGGCGCGAGCGCUCGGAGGCCGCGCAGGACCGGUCCAGUGGAAGCGGCUGCUGGAGCUGGUGUUGACGUGCCAGAGUGCGAUCCGCGACCGCGCGGCGUUUAUGAGCGCGGUGCUGCGGCUGUUGCUGCUGCAGUUGCGGCGGUGCGACGAUAUCGAGGGCGGGCUAUUCGAUCUGGACGGCGAGGACGGCGGCGCGUUCCUGCGCAAGCUGUUGGUCCGGUUCCGGCGGUCGCUGUAUGUGGUUGACGGUGCGGGCGAGGAUGUGAAGAGUGAUUUUGCGAAGCUGGAGGCGUGGGUGCGCGAGGAGUAUGAUUGGGAGCUUGAUCGCGAGGCGGUCGUCCGGCGCGGCAUGGUGCAGUUGGAAGACGGCGAGCAGGUGGAGCUGCAGAUGGACGAGGACGACGAUGAGUAUGCGCCGGUGGUGGUGGACCUGGGCGAAGACAAUAUGGAGGUGUCUCUGGGUGAUCAGGACGAGGCCGAGAUUGAUGAUCCGCGAAUGUAG